AUGGCCUUCACCAAGGUCUGCCUCGUCGGCGGCAAUGGCAACCUCGGCACCAUCCUCCUCGACGGCCUCGUCGCCGCGGGUGACUUCACCGUAACAGUAGCCAAGCGCACCUCGUCCAAGUCGGCGCCGGCGCACGCAUCCUCGAUCGAGCAAAUCACCAUCCCCGACGACAUGUCGGUGGCCGGGCUGGCGGACGCCCUCCGCGGCCAGGACGUCGUCAUCGCGUCGUUCCCGCUCGUCGACGUCAACCAGCACCUCCGCCUCGUCGAGGCCGCCGCGCUCGCCGGCGUCAAGCGCUUCGUGCCCGCCGACUUUGGCAGCUGCGACGCCGCGAGCCCCAACGCCCGCCGCCUGCUGAAGCUGUACCGCGACAAGGACCUGGUGCGCCAGAAGUGCGAGGAGAUUGCCGCGGCCAACGAGGCCUUUUCGUGGACCGCGCUGGUCUGCGGCCACUUCUUCGACUACGGCGUCCACGACGGCCUGCUGCACUUCGACCUGGAGAACAAGACGGCCGACAUCCUCGACGACGGCUCCGUCCGCGCCUCGGCGUCGACCCUGCGCCGUGUCGCCGAGGGCACCGUCGCGGCGCUGCGCCGGCCGGAGCCCACGCGCAACCGCACGCUGUACAUCCAGAGCUUCUGCCGGUCGCAGCCCGAAGUACUGGCGGCGCUGGAGCGCGUCACGGGCGUGACCUGGACACGGCGCACCAUCGACUCCAAGGCGUACAUCGAGGAAGCGUCUCGCAAGCUGGACGUCGAGUGGACCAAGCACACGAUGGAGGAGAUUGUGUUUGUGCUGGGCGCGCUCGAGGCCGACUGGACCAAGGAGGAGGGCUUCGCCAUGGAGCUGCUGGGGCUCGAGGACGAGGAUCUCGACCAAGUCGUGGCGGAGGUGGUGGCCGGCAUGGGCAAGCAGCACUAA